AUGGUAACUUAUUGCGGACUAUUCUCAGUAUGCAAGGAGGGUCAGGAUUCGAUACUCUGUAUUGACGUUGAGGUAGCACUAAACCCAACUCUAAUUGGAGUGACUAUGAAACGCAUCUGGACUAUUCGGCAAGAGAAUAAUAGAAUCCUGUUGGCUCUGAAGGGAAAGGAACAACAUACCAUGCCAAAUGGUAUGACAGGCCAACUAGAACUACUCUGGGAGAAGAUUCCAUAA